UGAUGUGGAAUAAUGGGGAACCCAGUUAUGGAAUAAGCAUCUACAUGGCUUGUGUGGCAAUGCUUCAAAAUGGCAACUGGGAUGACCAGUUGUGUGGAAACCUGUUACCAUUCUACUGCUACAACAAAGACACAUCAAGUUUCAUCUUUGUGGGUGUGAGUAAGUCCUGGAGGGAUGCUCAAAGCUACUGCAGGGACCACUACACUGACCUGGCCAGUGUGAGGAACCAAUCUGAGAGUCAACAGCUGAAGGCAAUUGCAACUUCCACUGCUUGGAUCGGUCUUUACAGAAACUCCUGGAAGUGGUCAGAUGGGAGCACACUUUCAUUUACCAGCUGGUUUUCCACUUCACCGUCCACGUUAGUGACAGCUUCUUGUGGUGCUUCAUCAUCUGUGAACUGGGUCAACUCUAAUUGUAUGAAUACCCGUAACUUUGCCUGUUUCACUGCUGUGUCUAUGAGGAAGGUGUUGAAAGUGCAGCUGAAGACAACUAACACUGCUGUGGAUAUGGAGGGACUAAAAGAGAACAUCUUGGGAAAGUUCAGUCAGAGAUUAAAUGAGCACAGCCCGAAUGAAGAAUUCAAGCUAAGAUGGUUGAAGGAGCCUGACGGGAAGACCUUCAACAAGGACGAUGAGAAAGAAUUAGACAAGAGUUCUGGUCAGGAUCAGCAGCAGACCGUAUGCAAUGCGACAGCGAGCCUAGAUAAAGGCAAUGGUUGAAUUUUUUUCAUGAGCUACACUUCACUGUUUAACAUUUUGAUUAAACAGGACUAUAAUUUCACUUUGUGCUCUAAUGGGUACUUGACUGUUUAAAUUUGGCCUGUGGAACAGGUGAAAUAUCAUUCAU